AUGUCAGAAGACAAGAUAGAUCGCAAACUAGAGGAAGCCGUCGAGGCCGACGUGCAGUCCUGUCCCGUGGAGCCCCUUGCGCCACAAGGCCUCCAGCGCCGACUGAACAACCGCCAAACCCAACUCCUCGCCAUCGGAGGGUCGAUAGGCACCGCUCUGUUCAUCAGCAUCGGCAACGGGCUCGCCGCCGGGGGCCCCGGCAGCCUGCUGGUAGCCUACACCCUGUAUGCGCUCGUAAUUGGAUGUAUCAACAACUGCGUAGCGGAGAUGACGGUCCUGCAGCCCGUGUCCGGCGGCUUCAUCCGGCUCGCCGGAAAAUGGGUCGACGACGCCCUGGGGUUCAUGGUGGGCUGGAACUUCUUCUUCUACGAGGCGCUGAUGAUCCCCUACGAGAUAACCGCCAUCAACCUGGUGCUGGGCGUAAUCAACUUCCUCGCCGUGCGCGCCUACGGCGAGGCCGAAUUCUGGCUCUCGAGCGGCAAGAUCCUGCUGAUCUUCACCCUCAUCUUCUUCACCUUCAUCACCAUGGUGGGCGGCAACCCGCAGCACGACGCCUACGGCUUCCGGUACUGGCGCCACCCCAGCGCCUUCGCCGAAUACCGCCACUCAGGCAAUACUGGCCAGUUGGAGGGCUUCCUCGCCGCCCUCUGGUCGGCAGCCUUCACCAUCGUCGGACCGGAGUACAUCUCCAUGUCAGCGGCGGAAGCGCAGCGGCCGCGCACCGUCGUGAAAGCCGCCUUCAAGACCAUCUACUGGCGUUUCGGGCUGUUCUUCGUGCUCGGCGCGACCUGCGUCGGCAUCGUCGUCCCCUGGACGGACCCCACCCUCCAAGCCAUCCUGCACGGCCAGAGCAGCGCCAGCGGGGCCGCCGCCUCGCCGUACGUGAUCGCGAUGGCCAACCUCCAGAUCACAGGUCUCCCGCACCUCGUCAAUGCCCUCCUGAUCACCUCCAUCUUCUCCGCGGGCAACACACUGACCUACUGCGCCACGCGCUCCCUGUACGGCCUCGCCAUUGAAGGCCGCGCGCCCCGCGUGCUCACCAAGACCCGGAACGGCGUGCCCGUCUACGCCUUCGGGGUCGUCAUCUGCUUUCCCUUCCUCUCGUUCCUCCAGCUGUCGAACAGCUCCGCCAAGGUACUCAACCUGCUAGUCUCGCUCAUGACGGCGGGCGCCCUGAUCGACUUCCUGGUCAUGUGCAUCACCUACCUGCAAUUCUACCGCGCGUGCAAGGUGCAGGGCCUCGAUCGCGGGACCUUGCCGUAUGUCGGGUGGGGUCAGCCGUACUGCGCGUGGGUCGGGGUGGUGGCGAUGGUGUUCGUGCUGCUCGGCUCCGGGUAUACCGCGUUCGCGCCGUGGGAUGUCCAGACGUUCUUUGAGAAUUAUACCAUGCAGCUGGUGGCGCCAGUGCUGUUUUUCGGGUGGAAGUGGGCGAAGGGGACUACACUGCUCAAACCGGAGGAGGUGGAUUUGGUGUGGGAGGCGCCGGCGGUGGAUGCGUACGAGGCGAGCUUUGAGGAGCCCAUGCCUGGGUUUUGGGAGGAGGUGGUUGGGUUGGUGUGGCGGAGGGGGAGGGGGAGGGGGAGGGGGGACCAAGGUUGA